CUGCCAGUCGACCUAAGAUCGCUCACGCACGGAGGCCACCGCCGUCCCGAUAUCGCUCUCGGCGUGCGCGCGCGCGCGUGCGUUGGGGUACCGCCCAAUACAACUGUCGUCAAUUGGGGGUUUAAAAAAAAAACACUGUGUGUUCUUAAUUUUCGACGUUAAUUGGUCUGAGUGCGAUCGGCCCCGCACGUGGCUUCACCUAUUCGCGGAAUCUCUCGACGGCAAACGACGAACGACAUCGUCGGCGAAGGAGGAGUGGAUGAUGUCGCGUUGUUUGACGAGCCAAUUGACGGGACUCGCGCAAUGAGCGGCGAGCGAGUGGGAUGUGACCGUGAACGCGCUGAAUGAAUGAACGAAUCAGUGGCCGUUGGUAAGUGAGCAGCGGAUGACUGAAUGAAUGAGUAGAAGCAUUCCACCAUGCGUGCGCACUCGCCGCCCCUGAUGAUGCUGCUGUUGCUGAUGCCCUGGGGGUGGUGGCUUCACGCGGGACACGCGGCCGUCACGAGGGGACACGGGACGGCUCGCAUCGGGGCGGAGACGUGGGACGGGCCCCACGGCAGAGAGGACGAAUCUCGCUCGGGAGACGACGGCGCCAAGGCACGAGACGGGUCACGCGCGGGCACCACAGAGACCCGCGGUGAUGUGCUGGCUGGUGCUGCUGGUGGUGGUGGUGUUGCUGCUGCUGGUGGUGCUGGUGGUGGUGGUGCUGGUGGCUCUCUUAGCGGAGACGACGUCGCCGCGGAGACGCACGGUGGCUCACGCGGAGCGGACGUCUCGCACAGAGGGGACGACCCGGAGGCAUGGGCUGCUGUCUCGCGCCGAGGGGACAGCAUCGAGGGUGGGGAUGAGUCUCGCCCGGACACCGCACGGACGCGCGGUGUCUCACGCGGAGAAGACAGUCUUGGCACAAGGGACGGCGCGCACGCGCGACGCGUACGGGGGGGCAUGGCAGGGCACGUCCCGUACAGGGGGCACCUCCCUCUCGACAGAGCCCACGGCGCGCACAGGGGCCACGGAAACGCCACGUCGCCCGUGGUGGUGCUGCCGGAGUACAUGGUGUCUCUGUACCGCACCCUGUCCGUGGCCGAGAACCUGGGACUCAACGGGAGCCUCUCUCGCAAGGGCACGGACGCGAACACGGUGACCGGAUUCGUGGAUAAAGGGCACGGCGCGCCGGCCCCCGCGCUCACGCAGCGCUACGUCUUUGACGUGUCGGCGCUGUCGGCUCACGACUCCCUGGUGGACGUGGAGCUCCGUCUCCUGCGGCGGCCCCCGGAGGCUUCGCGCCGCGACCUCUCCCGCGGGGGGCUCUACCACGUGAGCGUGUGGCGGUGCGGGGCCGACCCCGCGUCACCGCACCGCGGCGACGGCGGUGGGGGGGGAGGCGCCCCCCUCGACUCGCGCACCAUCGAUGUCCUCGACUGGCAGUAUCCGCGCUGGGAGGUGUUCGACGUGAGGAGGUCGCUGCUGAUGGGCCAGGGAGGGUUUGGUGGUGGUGCUAGUGGUGGUGCUGGUGGUGGUGGUGCUGGUGGUGGUGGUGCUGGCGGUGGUGCACAUCGAUCCGCGACUGAGCUGUGCUUGGAGCUCGAGGCGGUGUCGGACCGAUCCUCGGCUCGCGUGGACGUGGCCGAGUUGGGCUUCUCUCGGCAGGGACGCGACGCGGAGCGCAGCGCGCUCCUCGUGGUGUUCAGCCGCGGGCUGCGGCGCACGGACAACCUCUUCAGCAAGAUCCGCGAGAAGAUCAAGCCGUCCAGGAGGCAGCAGCAGCAGCACAACAACAACAACAAUCGUCAGAAGGACCACCACCACCAUCACCAUCAGCAACAGCAUCAACCACAUCAGCAGCAGCAGCAGCACAGCAACAAUCGUCAGCAGCAUCUCCGCCACCACCCUCACCACCACCACCACCGCCAGCACGCCACGGACGAGGCGAAUGCUCGCGCUCGCCGUGGCAGGAGGAUGACCGUCCCGGGUCGCGGCGGUGGUGGCGGUGGUGGUGGUGUUGGUGGUGGUGGUGGUGCGUCUCCCAAGGGCGGCGGCGCGUCCCAGACCUCGCCCGGCGGGGUCCCGGCGCGUCGCUCCUCCUCCUCGUCCUCCUCGUCUCGCUCGCGCUGCGGCCGCAGGCAGCUGCGGGUGAACUUCAAGGAGCUGGGCUGGGACGACUGGAUCAUCGCGCCGCUCGACUACGACGCGUACCUGUGCGAGGGCGUGUGCGACUUCCCGCUGCGCUCGCACCUCGAGCCCACCAACCACGCCAUCAUCCAGACGCUGCUCAAUUCGCUCGAGCCCGACGCCACGCCACCCAGCUGCUGCGUGCCCACCAAGCUGAGUCCCAUCAGCAUCCUGUACAUCGACGCGGGCAACAACGUCGUGUACAAGCAGUACGAGGGCAUGGUGGUGGAGGCGUGCGGCUGCAGGUAGCCCGGUUGGAGCCGCGCGUGGUGUGGGACCUGAUGCGUCAAAAGCCAAAUUUAUCCGGAGGAGCCGUGAACUUCAUGAGAAGGAGGAGGCGCUGGCGAUUCGGUGCUCCCUCAUUGUUUUCCGAGGUUGCCAAUCCCCGCGUCGAACAUUUUUGAGAGGACCGUUUUGCUUAUCGUGCUUCGGUUGGGCACUCCAAUUCGCCCUGACCGCACCAAGGUGGUGUUGCCAACUCUCCUGGUUUUUUAUAUUUUUUUGGAGCGUCUUUUCUCUCUCUCCGUGAUGGAGCAGUUUCUCGUCCUGCGAAAAUCCGAAGAGUCGUUGGCCGAAAAACAUUGGUUUAUAUCGGUUGCGUAAUAAUGCACCAAGGGAUUAAUUUCUCAUCGAAUAUUUUAGGGGGAUCGACAUUCCCCACCACCCCCUCCCGGCUAUGAACUCUGCGCCCGCCGGGAACAGCAGAGUGUGAUGGGGCUGGGCGUAUUUUCUGGAGCUCGACUGUGGAUUAAUUGAAGCCACCACUCGCGUAGCUAUCCCUGCAUGCAGUACUGUGGGACCUUUGCUUUUGUUGUUGUUGAACCUCGGCAGUGGCAAUCCUAGCGCCACGUGGCGUGGCAGAGGAGGCACCAGGAGAGGAAACCUGCAACGGUGAUGGAUUGGUUCGUAGCUUUGGUGGGGGGUGGGGGGGGGGGGGUCAAGGUGUGACUGCUGGAAGAAGGUAUCCCCGUGCCGCGUUGGUUGACGGGGGUUGUUUGACCAUACUUCACCAUUCUGGUCGGGUUGCUAGGUUCGUAGCACCACCGCGAUCGCUAUUGCUGCGUGCGAGUGUCUGUGUCUUCACCUCCAGACAGACGACUCGAGAGGUGGCUAUAGUGUUGCUAUGACUGUCUGUCUCCUUCAUCAUCAUCAUCAUCAUCAGUCGUCUGUCAAGGUCAAUCCACCGCUGGAUGAAGGACACCCCAAGCCGCCGACGUCACCGCACACGCAAUCCCGGCACGUAACGUUCGCUCUUCUUCGCGGUUCGAAUCAUGUCGUCGUUGUCGUCGUUAUUACUAUGACCCUGCAGGGUCCCGCCCUCUCUAAAUCCACACCGCCCCUUCCCCCUGUCCCCCAAUACAAUUCCUGUAUCCUUCACGACUCACAAAGCAUGGCGCGUGGAUAAUGUCAGGUGCUAUACAAGCGUGGGGGUGGUGGUUAUAGGAGAUGGAAGUACAGCAAGUAGGUUUGUAAGGCCAUCUGUUGCAGACUGUUUGAGUAUUAUUGAUUCUUAUCCGCGACGAGCUUUCUCCGGGCAUUGCGGAUUAUUUUCAUUGAUUAGCAAACCACUCCUGACUUUAAUAGACACUGGUUCAACAGUCCUGUGCAUACAGCAGGACCCUCGUGAAGACAGCCUCAAUGCUCAGUGAGACUUUCCUGGAUAUAUAAAAGGCAUUAUUGUACGCACGUAUGUGUGUGGAACUUCUUUCGCACCGUACGUAGUCAAUCGUGCUAAUCGAAGGUGCCAUUAUUAUUAUUUUACAGAGGAAAUUAUGUUUUGUGUUGUACUUUUCAAAAAAGCUGAAAAUCAAAGCGUUGUAACAGUCAAUACGAAUGGCACUAAACGUCCAUUUAACAGCCCUGACAAGGGUUAACCUCUGCAAAUGUGAACUAUGUCAACCACAAAGUAGUACUCGUUUUAUAUACCGUGGGUUCACUCAGCCCUUGAGGUUAUUGUGUUCUUGAAUAACGCCAUAUGCCACGAACAUACAUAACACUGGGGCACGUGCUGUUAGCGAGCACCUAUUAAGUGCUGCAAAUGGCAUACAAGGUGGGUGUCGUGUUACCAGAAUCGUGCUCGGCUGUGUCUGAUGUUUACAUAUACCACAACAUUAAUUUAAGGCCGAGUCGGCCUAGGCGAGGCUCAGGAUCGGUUUAGAUAUCACUAUCAGUUGAUGUUAGCCGGCGGACAGGAGUCAAACUCAGGUGGCGGUGUGAUUAGUGCGGUGUACGGACCACUUGAAUUGAAGCAAUUUCAUUGAUCAGAUUUGGAGAAUUGUAAAACGGAGUGAAACACCGCUCCCUCCUUCCCAUCUUUGUCUUUUUGUGUGUACGCAAUCCAUCGGCCACACACGCGGACCUUAUGGGAGUUGCAUCCUACCAGCGGGAAUCGGUUAACUGCAAGCAAGCUCUGAACCGGUUUCGAUUGCUUCCCCAGCAGAGUCAAGGAUCAUUUCUAUUACACUGGUCAACCAAAAAAAAAAUUCUGGCCUGGACUUUUACGGCUGUUUUAGACUAAUUUCAGGGUGCUGAUUCCAAAUCUGAUCUCAGAUUUGCUCUAUCACGUCAUUGUUAUGCUAUCGGCAUACCCCAUUUUAAUUGAUUUUACCCGAAAUUAACUCUGUCACUUAUGAUUGCAAGUUGUUGCGAGUCAGUGACUGCUUUAGUGUUAAAUAAUGGUGCUGUAUUUUUAGGAUAGUGUGUUUAUAAUACAAUUUUAUGUAGAUAUCCACAUUUAUUUAAUAUUUUUCUUCUGCAGUUUUAAUUGAAAAUGCAAUAUUUGAUAUCUCAAAAACCUGAUGUGAUAGACAAAAACUGAUUUGGAAUCAGCACCCCAAAAUUACAUUGAAACCGUUGGAAUACCUCGUGCCAGAAAAAGUGUGUUGACCAGUGUUUAUAGUUGUUGUCGUCGUUGUAACUUGUUGACCCGCUCCUACUGGACACCCCCGCCCCUACUUGGGCGCCAGGGUGGCGAAAUGUUAACUCCCUCGCCUGGUAUACAGGAGGUCGUGGGUUCGAUCCCGAGCCUGACGCCUGUAUAUGUGGAGUUUGCACGUUCUUCCCCGUGGUCGUGUGGAUUUUUUUUCAUCUCCGGGGCCUCCGGUGUCUCCUUCCACAUCUAGAAACACGCGUUUAGAAUAUCUGGCUGCUAUAAAUGUCCACACAGUCAGCCACUUCGUUGAGUUCUCUAUUGCGAUACCAGUUCGCUUCUCAAAAACAGCUAUAUAACUCAGUGGGCCUUACCUGGUAGAAUAUCUUUUUUAAAUAGUUAAUAUUGGUAAAAGAUAAAGCUUCAUAGCUCAUCCGAUUCCUCCAGCCGAAAUAAAGAUUCCGAUAAAAGAUAUAGAAGGGUGACAUUGUACGGGAGGAUGAGUAAGGAGACGGAGGAGGCUAAAGGAGGAGGUGGGGGCUAAGGAGGAGGAGGAGGUAGGGGUGGGGGAUGCGGGAAUAGACGAGGAAGAGACAGGGGGUGGGUGUGUGUGUGGGAUAAGGCGAGGCACUAAUGAUAGCUCGAAUGCCCGUCUAGCAACGCGUGGCAUGUUAAACACACACUCGCGAGUCUGUACGAGAACAGAGAGGAACAAGCGAGAGAGAGAGAGGGGAGCAUGCAGACGUGAACUUAAGGGACCGGCGCGUGAGUCUGGUCUGUGUAGUGAGAUUUUUUUUUGUUUGAGAGCGAGCGAGCGAGCGAGAGAGACGGAGAAACACACAGAGAGAGUGAGAGAGACGGGGAGAGACAGAGAGAGAGAGAACGAGCAGAAAAAGCGACCAGGAAGAAUUUUUCAAAAGGCAAAUGUAAAUACAUACCUCGACAAGGGACACGGAGCGAGAGAAAUUACAGGGUUCGCGCGUCUUAAUAGGGGAGUCAGACGGCGGAGGGAGACAAAGGUGGCUUUGGUGUUGGGUGUUGAAUGAGGCCCGAGACGAGGGUCGAGGAAGCGUCUGGGGGGGGGGGGGUGAAUGACUUCGGAGUUUGGUGGACUCAGCCGGCAGCCACGUCACCUUCUGUAGCAACAACACAAAAAUGUUGGGAUGUUAACUUUAAGAAGAUGUAGGAUGUCUGGAGCUCAACCUCCACUCACCCCUCCCCCCCUGAGCCUGUCCCUACAGACACGCUGCGUAGUGUCUACAGGCAGACCGCUUCAACCACAGCGUACACCAUACCUCCCCCCUCCGUUUGGGUGAUUGGUAAUUUUCUUCUUGGUUCUUUCGGUAAAGUCACG